UUGUAGCCAGUUGUCAGAGGGUGGUGCAGUAGCCAAAUCCAAUCCAAUCCAAUUAAUUGCGUUUCAGGAGCUACUGUUCGCACGUGCUUUGUUUGAACUUCCGCAACGGUAUGGACAAAUUUGCCUUGUUCAGGUUUACGGACGAAUCCCUCGCUGUCGAGUCCGUGUCAUAUAUCAAAAACUUCGACCCAGUGACCAAACAUAACUCAAAGACUUGGCCUGAGUACCGCGGGCCAACUCAGAAAAAUAACUGGGUUAAGGUCGUGUGGCCCGAUCAAGACCACAACAAGCGUGCGACUGGUACGAGCCAAGUGCUGGCCGCACAACUCGUCAAGUUGAGCCCGGUGCGCAGAGAUCUCGAGGAGCUGCUGGAGUCGAUGUUGCUCGACACGAGUGAUGAGGAUGCUGCAAUGUCAAAAGGAACAUCGAAAGGAGCGUCGAGAGGGGCAUUGAAGGGGACAUCAAAAACUGUCGAGAAGCCAGGAAAAGCCAAGUCGGCGGCCUUUGAGGACCGUAUUAUGGAGCGGAUAAGGUUAGAGAUCCUUCAACAGGUGAACCCCAGAAUGGAUGAUCAGGGCCCUUGCUUCGCUGCUGCUGAGCUGAGACAUCCUCAAGCUGAGAGCAGGACGACCCAAGCUCAGGCCGAGGCAGAGCUAGUGGACACCAAGGCCAAGCUAGCUGAUGCUGAGGCCAAGCUGACCGAGGCCAAGGCCAAGAUAGCCGAGGCCGAGGCCAGGGCAGCCUACGCCGAGGAGAAGUGCAAGCUGUUUGAAGCCCGAGCAGAAGCAGCAGAGAGCAAGGUGCUGGCGGCAGAGAGGAAAGCGCUCAUUGCCGUCAAUUCUCUCUACUCUGUGCUUGAAGGAAUGCCAGGCCUCUUUGAGGACAUGAAGUCAAGAAUGGCAGCUGGUCCUGCAGUGGUGAAUGCUGGGGCAGCUGAGGCUGGUGGUGCUUCUCUAAAGUUCGGCAUCACCAUGUUCCCAGCCAUCCGGAUGGUGCGGCUUAACAGCACGGCUCCUUCGGUGUACAUGCAAGAGCUUGCUGAAAUGGUUUUUGGCAACGAGACUUUGGGACGGUGUUGCCUGAGGGGGUCCACGGCGGGCAAAGAAGCCCUGGACAAAAGUACCGUGGACGACAUCAUUGUCCACGUGCUGACAAAGUUUUCCAACCUGACAGAGUCGGACGUCAGGGGUUUCCUGAGACGCAAGUGUAAUAAUGCUGCAACAGCACUGAAGAAGAAUGGAGGUGGCUGAACAAACAUUCAUCCUUCAGUGCUGUUGCAGUGUUAUUGUAUAAUUGUUCAGUACACUGAAUAAAAUCAAGAUUGCAAUUAUGAA